UUGACCGGGAUCUCUAGAAUAUAAGGUAUGGCGUAAGAACACUCCAUAGGAUCCCACUGCCACUUAUAUGUAAGUGGCAAUGGGAUCUCUGGAUCUUUGUCGAUGGAUCUGCAGUGGAUGAUGAUCUGAUGUGGAUAGAUCAUCUGCAGUGGAUCUCUCUUUAGCUCCUCUCCAACUUUUACCAUUUCCUCAAGCACAACCACCUGGUUUUAUUUCUAAUAUUCCAAUGACUCAAUUAUUUAACACAUAUAAUGAAUGGCCUCCUCUUCAACCUGUUGGAUUGGGAACUAAUUUAGGUGUUGGAUGGAAUACUUUUGGUACUUCAUAUGUUUCUGGAAAUAUUAAUAGCGGAAAAAAUACCUAUACUCGUCCACCAUCAAUGCCAAUUGAUCAAUUUUUCCAUAAUUCUGCUCAUGUUAUUGUUUUACUUGGACUAUUUCUUCGUUUAGAACAAUAUGGAGAAUUACUUAUUGAAAUGGAUCGGGAAAAGACAAAGCAAUUACUUCGAAUGAUUUUGGACAUACAUUCAUGGAUUACAUGUAAAGUUUUAAAUUUAUUUUUUUUAAAUUGUUAA